GUCAUUUGAGCAGAUGGUGAGUGAGUAGACCAAACAUGUAGAUAGAUCUCCUCACCAUUCUUUGUCCACAAGGGCGCAUUGCCAUACUUUUCAAAACAAAAAUUUUACACGGUUUGAAAUUCGUUACUUCAUCGCAGCGUCUGCAACAGAAGGACCCAGGCGACUGAGCAAGAGUGACGACGGAGGGCACUAACCAUGCAGCAUGUUGAAAAAGUCCACUCUGAGGAGACGUAGGAGAAGAUGGAUAGCUUCCAGGAGGAGGAGGGGAACAUCACUGUCCUUCCCACUGACUACGAUCUGAUCGACGCACUAUGGCAGAUCAUCUACCCAAAACACUACGAGUGGGCACUCAUCGUGGGGUACAUCCUGGUCUUCAUUUUCGCCAUUUUGGGCAACGGUUUGGUUUGUGUGGUUGUGGCCAGAAACAGCCACAUGCGGACGGUGACGAACUAUUUCAUCGCGAACCUGUCUGCAGGGGACCUGCUGGUCACCAUCAUCUGUCUGCCGCCCACUCUGGUGGUGGACAUCAUGGAGACAUGGUUCUUCGGCGAGACUAUGUGUAAGGUGUUCUCAUACAUGCAGAUGGUGUCUGUAUCAGUCUCCGUCCUGACCCUGUGCGCAGUCGCAGUUGAACGUUGGUACGCCAUCGUUCAUCCCCUGAAGUUCAAGAGCACCCCAGCGCGCGCACGGAACAUCAUCAUCUGCAUAUGGGUGACGUCAUUCCUGGUCACGAUCCCCCUACUUCUCGUCUCCAAAACAAGCCACACCUUUGAAAGUCAUAUCACCAACCUCUUUGUUAUGUGUGACGAACACUGGCCAGAGAACACGUUCUACGGUCAGAUCUACCACUCGGCCAUCCUCGGACUGAUCUACAUCGUCCCGCUCUGCGUUAUCUCCAUCGCGUACACUAUGAUCGUCUGGAAGCUCUGGAGCAACCAAAUCUCGCUGACAGUUGCCCUGAAGGUGACCGGAAAUGACGUCGGGAAGCGGCGUGGCAGUCUCGUGGGACAGUUUCGACGAAGCCUACGACUGAAAAACAGUGCGGACUUCAGCACCGACUUCCGACCCUACACCGUGUCCCCCGCAGACGAGUGCCCUCCCAGUCCGCGAUCACAAACGGUGUCCCCAGCUGAGGAACAGCCUCGCAGUGCGAGCCCCUCCAAGGACACCAUCGGUCAAAGGUCAGGAGAGACCAUCUUCGCUCGAAGAAAGGUUGCCCGGAUGUUGAUUGCCGUGGUUAUCAUCUUUGCGGUCUGCUGGGCGCCAUCUAUGGUCAUGAACUUCAUGAAAAGAGUGCUGGGAUCGUUUGACGUGACCUAUGACCGGGGCGGGCUGUAUGCCGCCUACAGCGUCGCCCAUUGGCUCAUCUACUUCAACAGCGCCAUCAACCCUGUCAUCUACGGCUUUCUGAGCGAGAAAUUUCGGAACGGUUUCCAGGCGUCCCUCGGAUGUCCCCAGGCUACCAAGAAGAAGCAGAACUUGAUUCGCGAGGUGACCGUGACCCGACCGACCAUCUCCAGAGUCAUAACCACUAAGACCACCAGUACGGCCGAUGUCGGCUCUAGACUGGAAUCCAUCCGGCAAUAUCCUUUCUUUACUGAGACAGUCGUGUAAUUAAUUGGCCAGCAAUAGUAUGAAUAUUUUUUUCCGUUUGGCAAUACAUAAAAGGAAUACAUUGGUCUUGUUACCAAUAAGGGAGCGUUUCAAAAUCCCUUUAUAUCCCUUCAAUAUAUAUUACAACCAUAGCGUAUAUUUAAAUCCCUCUUACACGGUUGCUUUUGUGCUUAGCUUAAGACUGUACUACAGCUUAAGACUGUUCUACCUU